AUGGCCGACAAACUCCGCGCACAGCAACAGCUCGAGGCGCUCCAGGCGCGCUACAUCGGCAUCGGCAGCGCAGACACGAACAAACACGAAUGGACGUCCAACAUUGCGCGCGACUCGCUGUCGAGCUACGUCGGACACCCGCCUCUGCUGCAGUACAUGAGUAUUGGGCUGGGCCAGCCGCGCGAGAAGACGAGGCUGCAGCUGCUGGAAAGAAUGGUCAGGCCGGUUGGGCCGCCGCCUGAGCAACAAGAUUGA